GUGGGUGAAGGGUGUUAAAUUCAUACUCUUUAUUACUAAAAUCUUCUACCAUACUGUUGCAAAACACAACAUUUACAUUCCAUUUGCAUAUAUAUGUUCGUCAAUUACAUUUAGGUUCAAAGUUUGUUUUGAUUUCGAUUCAGCUGCUACCUCAGCUAUGAGCAACCAUGACGGGAAGGACAAUAGACAGCCGGAAAUGGAGCGCCCCUUUGAGAUGCUCAUCAACCGGUCUUUCAUGGAUCACGGCCAGCCCCCGCAUAUGAAAACACCGGCGGACAGUGAUUUCAGCAUGAACGGUGCCCUAAUCGCGUUCAUGCGUGCCAAGUCAGUGGAGGAUCACGAUGCAACUCCGAUCCCUGAAAGCGCCCAGGAAGACGAUAAGCCUCCCUUGGAGCAGACCGAUCCCCACCCCUGGAUGAGGUGCUGCGGGCGCAACUUCAAGCACUCUAUUUUUUCGCUUCAGCCAAGCCGAACGCCCAAGCGAGGACUUGGGCGUCACAGACGCGGACUGUCUCGCGAACAACAGGGGCAGCCCACUCCCUAAGCUAAGAACAUCCGAAGAAACAUGUCCGAUAUGAUUCUUACGUACAUAUAAUUAAAAAGAUUCAAUACAAAUUGGACAGAAUA